GGUCGUCUUGUAGGCUAGAUGUGCGUAAGAAAGAACUGUGUAUUCUGGCGCCGCUGCGGUAAUAGUCACAAAGGAUAGCCUCAUGCUUCAGGCUCAUUCGUGUCAAGAAAGUGCAUUUUUUAUGCCAAAACAGAUCCUACCGGCAGGAUAACAUGCAUAAAACCAAAAGAAUCAAAAUUACGGAUUUAAAUCCAAACCUGAUAUGUCCACUCUGCGUGGGGUAUUUCAUUGAUGCCACCACCAUUGUAGAGUGUCUGCAUUCAUACUGCAAGAGCUGUAUUGUUUCUUUCCUGGAGAGAAACAACUACUGUCCACAGUGUGAUGGCCAAGGACAAAAGAGGCCCACACAGCUCAGUAUCAGGUCAGACCAAGCCCUCCAGGACAUCGUUUACAAGCUUGUUCCAGGACUAUUUAAAGAUGAGAUGAAAAGAAGACGAGACUUCUAUGCAGGUCACCCAGCUGCAAAUGGAUUAGACACUAGAAAUGGGGGAGUGAGGGAAAAGGAGAAGAGCAUCAUCGCAGAGGAUGAGAUCAUCAGCCUCUCCAUACAGUUCCACAGGAAAAACAGCAAUGAUCUCAAAUCAUCAGAUACAAAAGACUCAGAUGGAGAAAUGACCAAUAGCAAACGUUUCCUGCGUUGCCCGGCAGCCAUGACGGUCACCCACCUAGUCAAGUUCCUGAGAAGCAAGAUGGACAUUCCCAGCACAUACAGGAUUGAAGUUUUGUAUGAAGAUGAGCUCCUCAAAGACUAUUACACACUAAUGGACAUUGCCUACAUCUACACAUGGAGACAAAACGGCCCCCUCCCGCUGCAGUACCGUGUCCAGCCCACCUGUAAGCGCCGCCGGCCAUCCAGCACCUCCGUCCUGUCCCCUCUCCCCCACUCGGACGGCGUCUCCGAGAGCGACUCGCAGAGCGACAAGCCGCUCAGUCCGCCAGCCACCCCGCCGGGUCAGUCGGCCCUCCCAACCCCAGCCCAGUCCAACCCUGGCACUGCCCACAGCAGCGCUCAGGUGCGCCCCCUACCCAACAUGGCUGGGAACAACAACAACAACAACAACAACAACAACAACAAAACCAGAAGAACUGCAGCCAUGGUCCUGUCGGAGAUGGGUAGACCACAACCUCCCAACACUCCUCAAAUUCACCUCAUCCAGCUGAACUCGCACCCAGUCUCUACGUUAGUGAAAAGUGGCUGAAGACUGACUGCUUUUAAUGAGGACUCACACGUACAAGACUUAAACAAAAGACUGCCUGCUUUAUUGACAACAAUAGCAUAGACCAGGCAUAUCCUUUUUUUUGUAUACAGAUAUGUAUAUAAUUGUAUAUAUUGCUGUAUGAUACAAUGAAUCAUAUGUAUCAAAUCAUAUGAGUGCGGAAAAAAAAAAAUGUUUGAGAUGGGCACGUGUCGUGUCCUGUGUUGUCUACACUCCGCACACAGUGAAAUGACAAACCAUCAAUCCCAAAUCUAUAGCAGAUUAUGGAGUAUCUACUCACCAUAUGCCAUUUGUUAUUAUAUGUUACAUUGACAAGAUGUAUCCUUAUUUAUCCCAUGUCUCCGUGGUUACAAGAGCAGUCACUUGGCGUUGUUGGCGAUGUUUUUUUUUUUUUUUUUUUUUUUUUGUU